UGAGUGCAAUAAUCAUAUUAAGACUUAAAAGUAAACACGACAGUUAAGAAGUCCAUCCAGAUAAAGUUAGUGAAAUUGAGACGACAAUAAAAAAAAAUGACGUCGCAAUCGGAAGCUCAAUAUAAAGUUUUUUUGAUAACCGGAGGUGCAUCUGGUCUAGGAGCGGAAUACGCCAAGAUAUUUCUGCAGCUUGGAGCUAAGAAUGUGGCCGUCUUGGACAUUGCUGAAGCAGUCGGCAAAACCUUCGUUGCAUCACUCAACGAAAAAUAUCCAGUGAAGGCUAUGUUCAUCAAAUGUGAUGUUAGCAAAGAAGAUGAAAUAAAGACCGCUUUCCAACAAGUACUGGACGCGAACAAGAGAAUAGAUGUCAUCAUUAACAACGCAGGAAUUUUUAAUGACUCUCCACAUCUAUGGAGAACCGCGUCCGAUGUCAAUUGGCAAGGUGUAGUAUCAUUCACACUCAAAGGUAUGGAACAUAUGCGCAAAGAUAAAGGAGGGACUGGUGGCACUAUUAUUAACAUUUCAUCUGCUGCUGCACUCCUCAAGUGCCCUUCUUUUCCAAUGUACUGCGGUGCUAAAUUAGCCGUGUUACAUUUCGGUCAAACUCUUUCUGUGCCCCCAUUUUUCGAUCGCACUGGUAUACGAAUCUUGACAAUCUGUAUUGGACCGACGUUAACUCCAAUAGUGGACAACCUUCAUGAGCGAUCGUUAGAUACGACAUUAGUGGAAACCUACUUGAAAACUAUAGACGAUCCAAGGUUAUACCAAAGAAUUGACUCUGCUGUCACGGCUUUUGUAAAAAUGUUUCAAGAAGGAGAGCCCGGCUCUAUUUGGCUCUCAAUAAACAAUAAACCAGGAAUUGAUAUUACAUCCGACAUUAAUCAGGCCUUUGAUGAAUUUAAGAUGAAGUGGUUAGCCUAGUAUGCUCAAGUUCAAGUAUAGAUUUAUUACGUAUUCUGUAAAUAAGAAAUAAUUAUGUGGUAUGAAUGUCAUACCUAUAUAACAUUGUUCUAAUUUACUAUACAUAAUACAGUUAUUAUUUAUAUAUAA